AUUGGAUACAGCCAGCAGUGUUUUCAGGUUGUGCCAACGCCCUCUGGCUGCGUAAAGGAGAGUUGCAGCCUCAGAGGUGGGGGGGUUUUCAGUCCACAGCUUUUCCUCCCCUGAAGCUCGCCUUUCAUGUCACUAGUGCUACUUGUAUGUGCAGACGCAGCCAAUCUCUUUCCCUCAUGACGCCACACCGAGGCUGGGCUCAGAGGGCUUGGAUCAUAAUAUUUAACACACCCCACCCUGGAUGAACACUUGGAAGGAAGACAAGGCAGUGUUAAGGGGGACAAAUGACAACUAGGAUCCCUACACCUGCCACAGUCUCUGAUUUGACUUCAGCGAGGGGUUUUUUUCCUUUUCUCGUGAACAGCAGCAGCAGCAGCAGCAGCUCCGGUUGGAGAAGCGGGACCGCAUCCAAGCAUCUCAGCGGAUCACCUGUUAUUUCUAUGGAUGUUGUUGUUUUUUUCCCCCCCACACUUUCUUUAUUUGAAAUUUUGAAUUCAUCCUAAAUUUCAAAGGAGGCUAGAGGUGUUUUUUGUGGACUAUAUCAAUCUCCCCUGCUACUUUUUCCUCCUUCAGAAGACAGUUAUGACACAUUUGACAUCUCACUCCACAAGGAAACCGAUUUGAGGAAGAAUUUCGGUUCUUUUAACUGGACUCCCCCACCCCUUCCCUUCCCUUCUCCUCCUCCUCUUCUUCUCCCUCCUGUUACCUCUUAACGAUUCAUUUAGUGGUCCGUCCUCCUGACACUGUAUCCUAUUCAACAAGGCAAUGAAUUAGGAGCACUUCUUGAGCCGCUGCCAGUGAAGUAUCCAGUGUGCACAAUGUGUCGGAGCGUCCACCUGUCUCGGACUGAAGAUUUGGGACUAUUGUAAAAAAAAAAAAAAAAUAAGACUAUAAUAAUAAUAAUAAUAAUAAAGUGAGCACAUGAUGGAGUUGUUAACAUAGGCAUUAUGUGUGCAGUGAUCACAGUAAAUCAAACCGCUGCUUUGUCAUCGUAUAACACUGUUGGACAUCCAUGUCGGUGCUGUGAGGUGCGCUGCGCUUGAAGCUUACUCUGUCAAGAAAAAAAAAAAAAGAUAAAGAUGAUUUUGUUUCGUAAAUUCAGAGUGUUGAUACUUAUGGUGUUUUUGGUAGCGUGCACCAUGCACAUCAUGAUAGACUUGUUACCGAAACUAGAGAAGCGAGCGGCGGGAGCGGACAGCGGAGACGGCGGCUGUCAGUGCGCACACCACCCGGGCGCAGAGUCGCAGGGCUGGGGAAAGCAGCGAGCCAGGUCGGCGGCUGAAGCCGGCUGGCCUAACAAGCACACGCUGAGAAUCCUGCAGGAUUUCAGCAACGAGCCGAGCUCCAACCUUACGUCUCACUCCCUGGAAAAGAUCACCGCAGCCGCGGACAGAGCCGAGUCCUUCAGGCGGAUGAGACCGUCCGCUGGGAAGGCGGAGGAGCACAAGCCGCUCAUCGGAGACGCGAGCGGGGGUCGGACGGUCCCUGCCCACGGUGUCUCCAGGCUGGCUGCUCUGUUUGAGCAUCCUUUAUACAAGGUUGACCUUCCUCCUCUCACGGACGAUGACACCUUGUUUAACGUCAACAAUGACAUCAGGUUUUAUCCCAGAGCAGCAGGGAACCAGGGAUGGCACAACGAGGAGGGGAACGAAGAGGAGGAUGAGUUCUCUCCAACAGGAGAAGUGACGGCAGAGUCUUACCCCAACUGGUUACGUUUUCAUAUCGGCAUCAACCGCUACGAGCUGUACUCCAGACACAGUCCUGUGCUGGACGCCCUGCUGAAGGACCUGGUCACACAGAGGGUCACCAGCGUGGCCAUGAAAUCAGGAGGCACCCAGCUGAAGUUGAUCAUGACUUUCCAGAACUACGGACAGGCGCUGUUCAAGCCCAUGAAGCAGACCCGGGAGCAGGAAACACCUCCAGACUUCUUCUACUUCUCUGACUUUGAGAGGCACAACGCUGAGAUAGCUGCUUUUCACCUGGAUAGGAUCCUUGACUUCCGGAGAGUGCCCCCGGUUGCAGGACGACUCGUCAACAUGACGAGGGAGAUCAGAGAUGUGACUCGUGACAAGAAGUUGUGGAGGACCUUCUUCAUCUCACCAGCCAAUAACGUCUGUUUCUACGGCGAGUGCUCGUACUACUGCUCUACUGAGCACGCUCUGUGCGGUAAACCGGAUCAGAUUGAAGGUUCACUAGCAGCCUUCCUGCCAGACCUGAACCUCGCCAAACGCAAGACCUGGAGAAACCCCUGGAGACGUUCCUAUCAUAAACGCAAGAAAGCAGAGUGGGAGGUGGACCCAGAUUACUGUGAUGAGGUUAAGCAGACUCCUCCAUAUGACCGAGGCACUCGACUGCUGGACAUCAUGGAUAUGACCAUUUUUGACUUCUUAAUGGGUAACAUGGAUCGACAUCAUUACGAAACUUUUGAGAAGUUUGGAAAUGACACCUUCAUUAUUCACCUAGACAACGGGAGAGGAUUUGGAAAACACUCCCAUGAUGAGCUGUCCAUCCUGGUGCCACUCAGCCAGUGCUGCAGGGUGAGGAAGUCCACCUACCUCCGUCUCCAGCUGCUGGCCAAAGAGGACUACCAGCUGAGCUCCCUGAUGGAGGAGUCUCUACUCCGUGAUCGACUGUCCCCCAUCCUCAUCCAGCGUCACCUCCAGGCCAUGGACCGCAGGCUCCGGCUGGUGCUGCAGGUCCUUGCAGGGUGCAUAGAGAAAGAGGGCUACGUUAAUGUCGUGGAGGAGGAUCUGAAUGGGGACACAGCAACCCACAGGAGCCCAGGCCACAGGUAGUGAGGACGAGGCUCAAGGGUGAAAGAAAAACCACCAGUGACACAUGAAAAAUGGACCACAUCUGUGGUUGUUGGACCAAUGGGACUGCACCAAAAAAGUCCCACUUUUCUGAUAUCAAGCUGAAUUCAGUGAAUUCCAAGACUUGCCAUCAUUGCCUCAAUGGAACCUGCUUCUGCGUGUGUUUGUAUAGACAAAGCUGACCACAGACACCACGAAAGACUGUGCUCACACAGAGGCUUUGUAUUCGUUAGAUACAGAUGUAUUUUGGUUUUAUCAGACGUUGUACGAGACAUAAAGGAACUACUGCUGUGUUCUGACUUUGUCCUGUUUGUUUUGAAUAUGGAGGGAUUGUUUUAUGUGUUUUAUUGUAUUAGUACAUAACCAAAUGAGAACUUACACUAACUGGGCACCAUAUGGUCAGACAAUAAGCUUUAUCAGUUAUCACAAUGUAUGGAAAAGUGUUUUCUUCAUCAACAACCAACAACAAGAGUUUCCAAAUAGUGUGUUCUCGUUAUCUAUCUUUAUAAGCUUUUUGUCUCGGCACAGACUUUGAACAGAACGACUGAAAAUGUUAUUACACACUUCUGAACAGUUAGAUCCGAGUGUAAGUAUAUUUGAAGCUGUGGUUCAAACAGUACCUUCACUUUGCCUUAUUCUGAUUUUGUAUCUUUCUUUUAUUUUUACUUUCUCGUCUCCCCUGCAAGUCUACAGUGCGAUAGAGUGCAACACUUAAACAGUAUGUUCCAAACCAAAAAUACUCUAAAUGCAAAGACAGGUGUGUUCGUUAGUGUUCAUUAAAUGGUAUUUCAGCUCAUUCAUGCACUACUAUUAUUACCCGCAGACAUAGCUGAAACAUUUAGAGCUGUCUGCUUUAACAUCAUUUUACAGUUUAUGCAAUGCAAAAUGUUCCAUUUUGUAUGUUGAUUAAUUUUUAUGAGAUUUCAUGUCUAAAUGACUAUUUAUUACUGCAUCACAAAGAAUGAGAGUUGAUUAAAUAAAAUUCUAGAUUUUGCUUCAUGUUGCUUUAUAUGUUGGGAAAUAUUUAGCUACCUUUAGUAUUUGGUUACUAUUUAAAUUCCUUUAGGUACUAUUUCUAUGUUCUGAUGAUAUAAAACGACAAAGCUAUUUGAUUUUGGACAUUUAAGUUGUUGAAGUGGUGCCAUGCAAUUUUCAGAGUCCUGUGCACUGACUGACCCGGUACCUGUGCAAUGACAGAAAUGCAGUACUUGAAUGUUUUUGGGUUGGCAGGAUUGGACAGGAUUCAUAGAGCUACAAACAGUGUAAAGCCUGAGUGGCUGGACUCAAGUCUGAGAAGUGCUAUGGAGUGAUAAAGAGGUUUAAAACGCCUCAUCCCACUACAGGAAUAACCUCGGGCACUGAUUUUUGAUUUUCAUAUUUUCCGUGUAAAUACCUAUAAAUACUUUUAAGACCUAACAAGCUUCACCGCACAGUGAUUUGCUUCUGUUUUCUGCUAUUGCAUUGUUACUGUGAAGAUCUGUUUACUAAAUGAUUAAAGUGUGCAAUAAAAACAAAA